GUUGCUAUAUAUACAACUAUAUAAUUACUCUUUUUUUUUUGUCCAGUGACAUUAAAUACAAUGAAUGUAUGUUGUUGUAGAGUGUACAUGAUAAUGAUGAUACCUCUUUGUUUCAGGUUGCUGUAUUCGGUUCUUCCUCCGUCUGUAGCCAAUGAGCUUCGGCAUAAGCGGCCCGUGCCUGCUAAACGAUAUGACAAUGUGACAAUUCUUUUCAGUGGCAUUGUUGGGUUCAAUGCGUUCUGCAGCAAACAUGCAUCAGCAGAGGGAGCCAUUAAAAUUGUCAAUCUGCUCAAUGACAUCUACACUAGAUUUGACAUUCUCACUGAUUCUCGGAAGAAUCCUUAUGUUUAUAAGGUGGAGACAGUUGGUGAUAAGUACAUGACUGUGAGUGGUCUUCCGGAGCCCUGCACCCACCAUGCAAAAUCCAUCUGUCAUCUGGCCCUGGACAUGAUGGAGAUCGCUGGACAGGUGAAAGUAGACAAGGAUCCUGUGCAGAUCACCAUUGGAAUACACACAGGAGAGGUGGUCACAGGAGUCAUAGGUCAAAGAAUGCCCCGUUACUGCCUGUUUGGAAACACAGUCAACCUAACAAGUCGUACAGAGACCACAGGAGAAAAAGGAAAGAUAAAUGUGUCGGAGUAUACAUGCAGGUGUUUGCAGUCAAUGGAAAACGCCGAUCCGCAGUUUAAUUUGGAGUACAGAGGACCUGUAACCAUGAAAGGAAAAAAAGAACCAAUGAAAGUAUGGUUUCUCUCACGCAAGACCUAACAGACGCGCCAUAGAGGCGCAGCGAUGCGAUUUUUAUUGUGUUCUCAGCUAAUGCGUGUUCUUUCUGAAAUCUAUGAAUAGGAGCAUACUUUGCUUUCUUCAUCAAGAUCAUUUUAUUCUUCCCCUCUCAAAUUAAGAAUGUUCUUUAGUGACCCCUGCAUUUCAAGUGCCAAUUAUCUCUGAUUCACAGAUAAUGACAAAAUAGGGGGGAAAGGGUAUUGCUUAGCUAAAGGCAAACAGCUCUACACAUUUUACGUAGAAAUAUGGAAAUGACUGUCCAUUUGAUAUUAAUCAUACUAUUAGAGUGCCAGCUAUUGAAUAGAUUUAAUACAGAAACAGAACAUCGGAAUAAAUAAAACUGGAACAUGGUACAAAUACACUAUGCAAUGUGCAGACAUGCUCAUCAAGUGUUUGUUUUCAUUUUGGUUUAUUUAUAGUAAAGAAUGUGACAGUAUUUAGAUCACUACCAAGUCCAGAAUGUUUCAUUUAUGUCAUCACUGAGCAAAACAAGUUGUGUGUUGAUA